AUGUCCGCCGACCCCAAGGCACCAGCGAUCUCGACCGACGAUUCGCCCGCCCAGCUACCCUCUGAACCGCCGACGCCGGUCGCCGCCUCGACGUCCGCCGCCCAGGAGGCCAAGUCCCCGACCGCAGCUGAAGCCGCCUCCUCUGCGGCAUCGCAAGCGGCUGGAGCUGCCGCAGCUGCUGGCGCGGCUGUGCAGAACGCUGCCAACACUGCGAGGGCGCGCGCACAGCAGCACGGGUUCUAUCAGGGUAACAUAGAGGAGGAGCUGGGCCAGGUCGUCAAGUCGCUUGGCAGCUUCUGGGGUGGUUUCAAAGCGAGGUCUGCGUCCACGUUCACAACCCUCAAGGCCGAUGCUGGGAAGGGCCUUGCCCAGGUCCAGAACGACCUGAAGCAGCUCCAGGACGUCAAGGUCGAAGUCGGAGUCAAGGAAAAGGAGGACUGGGAGCGCGAGCAGGAGGAGGAGCGUAAGAAGAAGGAGGAGCAUGAAGCCAAGGAGGCCGAGGAGCGCGAGCGGGAGGCGGCAUUGAAGGACAAGGGCAAGGGACGAGCCCUUCCCGAGGACGAAGCCGGGCCUGAUGGCCUGACAUCUCCAACCAGCGCAUUCUUCUCUCGCCUGACGAACAGCACGUCGUCGCUUCAGGCGACGUUACAGGGUACGCUCAACUCGACUUUGGCAGCCGCCAAGGCGAACCCGGCACUCAGCAACCCAACACAGCUGAGAGACCAGCUGGCCGAGAAUCUGCGCCUCUCGAGUGCGCGCGAAAACCUCACUCUGUCACUGCGACAGGCCGAGGCACUGGCCGAGGAUUACCUGAAAAAGGGCAGCGAGUGGGCCCGUAACGCCGAGCAGGCGGCCGAGAAAUGGGUUGAGGAGAACGUCAAGGUCGUGCCUCCCGAGGGUAUUGGCGCGACACUGGCCAUGGCCUCAUGGGACACCGGCGAGCUGUACUCGUUCUCGACGAUGGUGCCGGAGAAGCAGGAAGUGCCGACGGGUGAGGGCGGGCGUACACCCCGCGCGUCGCUCUCGUCAGCGGCCGUGGCGGGCUCGCGCAAGGAAGCGCUCCUGCGGCGCCUGCGCGAGGACAUGGAGCUCCUCCUCCUCGACCCUGGGGCUAAAGCCGAGACCCAGCAGCGUCGCGACGAGUUCGCGGCCUGGGUCCGCGACACGUGGCCGACUGCGCAGACUACUGGCCGUGAGGCCGAGGUCGGCAAUGUCGGAGGUAUCCGCAUGGCGCUCGUGCCCGAGCACCUCACGGAUGAGCAGUUCUGGCAGCGCUACCUGUUCCACAAGGACAUGAUUGAAGCAGCUGACAAGAAGCGCAAGGCGCUGUUGGAGGCAUCCACUGCCGAUGACGGCACGGACGAUUUCAACUGGGACGACGAUGAGGAGGAGCACGCGGGUCCCAGCGCUAAGGACGACAAGCCCGUAUCACCCGCUCCCUCUGGUCCCUCUGUUCCCUCGUCCGCAGCGACGCCCAAGCCGCCCGCCGUGGCCAAAAUCACCCCCGCAACGUCGCCGCGCGACAGCGAGGAGAGCUACGAUGUAGUGCGCACGAGCACGGCCGCGCCAACCGAGGACUCUGACUCGGACUGGGAGUAG